AUGCCUAUCAAGAUAGAACCUCUACUUGCAUCAUUCAUCUCUUCAACAAGAGAUCUUUCAGGAAAAAAUCAAGAAGAUGCCAUAAUUAAGGAAAGACGUAGGAUUGCCUGCUCUAACGAAUCGGAGCCACAUGUCAGAUAUUCUAACAUUCUAAAGACAAUAUAUAUACAAAUGCUUGCAUACAAGAUUAACGAUAUUGACUUUGUAAAGGCAUGCGACUCAGGAGUCCAGAGAAUCAAAAGCGCUGGGUACCUGGGACUCAUGGCCAUAGACGGCAGUGAAAGCAUAGUUAUGGCAAUUAACACAAUCAUGAAGGACUUAAGCAGCAAAGAAUCGCGAAAUAAUGCAUUGACUGCAAUAUGCAAUUUGAAUAACAACAACCUCAUACUAGACAACUUAAUGAGAUAUGUUUGUCCAAACAAUAUUCAGGAUCCAUUCCAUAAAAAAGCGCUGGUUGCAUACCACAAGCUCCAUCCAAACUCAAAGGUAAAUAUAGUAGGAAAAGAACAUUCAGAUAUUUACAUUAAGGCACAGAUAGUUGUUGAUAAGUUCAUGCGAACAGGAAAUAUCGAUGCCACUGAAAACGACAUUCUAUUUUUAAUCUCUCUUUUUACAAAAGCAGAUGAUCCAUUCCUAAAGGUCAAGCUCAUUGAGAUUUUCGGCAUUUUACAUUCUAAGGAUCACCUCAGCAUGAACCAGGCAUUUAUAAACUCUAUGGAUGCAGUGAUCAUCCCGCCAAAAGAUAAGAUUCGUCUCCAAAUAGAAAUAGCUCUUUCAAUAGAAGCAACUAUCCUUCUUCUCAAAGCAAAUAAAUGUACACCAAAGACAGAAGCAUUCGUGUUCAGGCUCAUUGAAUCCCAAAAUCCAAACUCAAGGCACUUCGGAUUUCAAAUAGCAAGAGUAUAUAAAAUACACAGAGAAAUAGCAAUCGAUCGCUGCAUAAAAUUAGGGCUUCACAACCACGAGUGCCUUAAAACUCUCAUAGCACUAAUAGGCAAAAGCAACCAUAAGGCAAUAUACAAACGAAAGGAUGAAAUAAUAUUUCAUAUGGAGAAGGACACAGUAAGUAGGAAGCAAAUAAAUAGCGCAAUAGCUGCUGUGUUUUCAAAGAUCGCCAUUCAUGCAAAGGAUGAUCUUCUUAUAAAGAUAUAUCAGGAAGUCCCAGAAGUGUGUUUAAGCACUCCGCUUGAUAAGAACAUUCCAAAAGACUGUAUGCUUAAGUUAUUCAAUAGAAUAUGCAUCACAAUUAACAGUAGAUACUUUCCGCUGAUAUACCAGCUUCUGCAUGCAGAUAUAAAAAAUGAGAACUUCUACAAUGUGAUUUUCGAAAGGCACCUCAACAUACUCGCAAUCAAACGAAGCAAUCCACAUGAAAUUGAAACACUUGGGAAACUGCUCGACUGUAUGUUUUUGUAUGGCGUUCCUGCUCAGAACCGUGAAAUCCUGAUAUCUAAAUACAAAGAAGUACAGGGUUACCAUGACUCCAUUGAUAUCCUCAAUAUGAUGCUGGAUACAAUAUACCUGCUCAAUGUAAAAACAGAUGAUCAGGUUGUACACAUCUUUGGAAAAUAUUUUAUUUACCUUUCAUUACAUUUACAUAACAAGAAGGAAAUUGCAAUUAAGCACGAUCCUGACCUAAGAAUAAGAAUGAUCAGCCAAAGUAUAGAUAUCAACAAAACACAGGAAAUCCGAUCAAAUGAAAGCAUAAUAUCCACUUAUUCUGCUGAGAAUUUGAAUACUUUGGAAAUAGAAGUAUUUGUUGAAGAGCAUUCGCAUGCAGUUCAUAUCGGUCUGAAUUCAAUAUUGAUAUUGGAGUGA